AUGGCAUGUUGUCCUGUUUAUGAUCUCAAUGUUAAUGUGGAAUUUGAAGGAGCGUACCAAACUAUGACCAAACAGGCUGCUAUUCAGAUUGAGAGAACGGAUUAUCCAGGAAAUGCUUUCUAUGUCAUUUUUGUUCUGAAACCAUUAGACAAAGUCUGUUCUUCAGAACUUGAAACAAUUUUACCAGCGGGGUUCAAACGAGAGAAGAAUAUAACGCUGGAAAUUAAGACAACUAUAAGUGGUGACAAAUACUACUGGGGAAUGUUAUUUGCUAUAUCUCUCUUUGGAUCCUUUUACGUGUUAGCUUUCUGUAUCGGAUGUUUUUAUCAUGGAUGUUCAAAACACAGAGGAAUAUGGAUGAUUCCUGAGUCUCCAGACCAAAUAUCAGAGAGUAUGGACAAUCCAGCAAGACCCCUAAAUACAAGGACUGGUUCUUCAACAUAUGGAUCUAUUCAUCAGCAAGAUGCUGAUGAUGAUCACAAUGACUUGCUGAGCACCACUGUCAAAACUGCUGAUACAUCAUCUGCCCUUCCAACUACCAGGAAUACUAGAAGUACAAAUGCAGCAGACAACAUGUCCAUCAGUUCUCUUGAUUCAGACGACAUUGAUUUCCUCAAAGAUGCAGACUUGGAAAAAGAUGUCUUCAGGACAAAAACUGAGUUAUUUGUUUGUGAUUUAUCAAGAAAGAAAUACAAAAAACAAGCAAGAAAUUAUGCUAUAUAUUGGAGAAACUUGGUUGCAAUAUCUAUAUUCUAUGGACUUCCUGUACUGCAGUUAGUGUUCACGUACCAAAAGGUAUUAAAUGUGACAGGAAAUCUAGACAUCUGCUACUACAAUUUUAAUUGUGCUCACCCAUGGGGUCUUGUCAGUUCAUUCAACAACAUCUUCAGCAAUAUUGGAUAUGUCUCUCUGGGCCUCCUGUUCUUGUUUCUGGUGUACAGAAGAAAGCUGAUAUAUGGGCUGGCAGUACAACAAGAUAAAUCUAUGAAGAAGGAGCUAGGGAUCCCCCAACAUUUUGGCCUAUUCUUUGCCAUGGGCUUAGCCCUCAUCAUGGAGGGGGUCAUGAGUGCUUGUUACCAUGUCUGUCCCAACUACUCCAACUUUCAGUUUGACACUUCGUUUAUGUACAUCAUUGCCUGCUUAUGCAUGCUGAAGAUCUACCAGACAAGACAUCCGGAUGUCAGUGCUAAAGCCCACACCUCCUAUCUUCUCAUGGCCUUUGUCAUAUUCAUAGCUGUCAUUGGAGUAAUAUAUGGGACCAAUAUAUUUUGGAUUUUCUUUGCCUGUGUAUACAUGUUGUUCUAUUUAGUUCUUAGUGUUCAAAUCUACUUCAUUGGAAGAUGGAGAGUAGAUAAAGGGAUUUUUAGAAGAGUGUAUAUGGUAUGUCGAUAUGACAUGUUGAGAUGUAAAAGACCAAUGUAUCCAGAUAGAAUGGUUUUAUUGGUGUUUGGAAAUAUCAUCAAUUGGGUAAUUGCAGUAUAUGGAGCUGUGUACCAUUCUCCAGACUUUGCCACUUAUCUGUUGGGAAUCUUCAUUGGAAAUCUUAUGAUUUAUUGUACAUUCUACAUUAUAAUGAAGUUGCGGUAUGGUGAGAGAAUUCACCUCCUUGCUGGCUGUAUUAUUGCUGGAGCUGUCAUUGUGUGGGCCCUUGCUCUUUAUUUCUUUUUCUCUAAUCUGACAUCCUGGCAAAAAACCCCUUCCAGAUCAAGAGAAGGAAACAGAGACUGCAUGCUGCUGGAAUUUUAUGAUGCUCAUGACAUUUGGCAUUUCCUUUCCUCCAUUGCCUUGUUCUUUUCCUUUUUGGUUCUUCUCACGUUGGACGAUGAAAUGGUUACUUUCCACAGAGACCAAAUACACAUGUUUAAGUCCUUUGGAAAAUUGUUUGGAAGGAAGCGCUCGAGUAAAAAGGGGCGGAAAAGUACGACAGAUUCUUCGGAGAGGGACGACAGUUAUGAAUCAGACAGUAGAAUAGUGGCCUGCCGCGUUGCUAAGACCCCAGUGCAUGAUGAUGCUGUGGUUCACCUUUCCCCUGUACAACCAGGCCUCUGUUUAUCCUGCAGUAAAGAUAAGACAGUAGCCCUUUAUGAUUAUGAAAACCACAAUUUAAUAGACAGAUGGACAGGUCAUGAAAGGGAGCUAACAAAGAUCCGGAAUGGUAAAACAAGCAACAACAUAUUCAGUGCAUCAAGAGACAAGUCUAUUAAAAUGUGGAGGAGUGGGAAUCCAAACUGUUUACAGGAAUUCAAUGGUCAUGACCUUGUAGUGACUGCCAUUGAUUUAAACCAUGAUGAUUCGUGGUUGUGCAGUGGAUCUAGAGACAAUCAUGUGAAGAUCUGGGAUGUAAACACUGCUCAGUGUCUCUUACAGAGUAAUAUCCACAGGAACCUAGUGACAGAUGUGAAGUUUGUACCAGGCACACAUUUACUGGUUCAGACUGGAGAAGACAAGGAAGUCAGGUUAUUUGACACAAGAACCCUUCAGGUUGUUCACAGUUUUCCCAGGAAGCAUUAUAUUCAGAUGGCUUGUGAUGUCAGUCCAGAUGGGUUGUACUGUGUCACAUGCAGCAAUGGUUUUGGUGGCAAAGGUUGUGAGGCCACGUUAUGGGAUUUACGAGGGAGGAGUAUAGUUCAUGAAUAUAGGGACCACGGUGAAGCUGUGGAAUCUUGCAUUUUCUUGCUGUCCAUUGAUGGAAAAAAGAUCAUAGCUACCACCUCAAGGGACACCACCAUUAGACUGUGGGAUAUGAACACCAAAGAGUGUCUGACUUGUUUCCCUGUAGCUGGAUCUGGUCCACUGACCUCCAUUAUCUGUUACGAUGAUCUCAGUUUAUGCGUGUCCAGUUUUAACUCUGGCAUCAUCUCACUCCAGAUGUCUCCAGACGAUUUCUCUCUGCACCAGACAGGACAGUUUUAACACCAAAAGUCUUAGAUUUGUAGAGUUUAAAAAUCCUCAAAAUACAGCAUUGCCAGUCAAAUGCUUUAUGCAGUCAAGACUUUGUUCCUUUUAAAAUCAUUUCACAUUCUAAACAAUUUCUGGAGAAAAAGAAUAUACACUUUAAUUUUAUAA